AUGUCCGCCCGUCACAAUGCUCGCGCUCGCACGAAGCGCGAUGACGAGCUAGUAUCCAAUUACAUCCGUCUCUGGGGAGACGCCGUCGACUAUGGCAAAAAGCAUCAAGACGCGAAGGCGAUCGUGCGCCUCCUCGACAAGAUUCGGAGCAAGAGCAUAGCGAUCGAAGAAGCAAGAGAACGUGACCAUCUAAAGGAAGACGAAGACGAGGAAGCGGAGGAACUGGGUGCUAGGCUCGACGAUGCAGACGAGGUCGUCGACGGCCUCAAGGAGGGCAUGGAGGGCAACUUACCGCCAGAGGAGACUGCACAAGCCUCUCAGGCGACCGCCUCCCUCUCGUCCGCCUCGGGCGCAGAAAACGCCCUCGCCAAGUCGCACACCCGGCUUGGGUACCGCCAGACGCUGCGUUACUUUGGUGUCGGGUACUAG